AUGAAUGCAUCAUCAGCUACAAUUUUCUGCGUGUAUGGCUUAGUGGCCACAACUCCUUGUAAAAGCCUUUCGGACCAUAAAAGUUUGCUUCUUGAUUGCAACCAACCAGUUAUACCCUUAAUUAAGUUUUUUUUUUUUCCAGAAAUAUCAAGAGCAAAGAUGAAGUUUAUGCGACUUGGGACAAGGCCAGACAACUUUUAUACAGAAGAAGCUAUCAGGACUGUAGUUUCAGACUUACCAAGUGAUCUAACCAUACGUGUCAACAACAUCACCUAUCUUCUCCAUAAGUUGCAGUUUCCACUUGUUCCAAAGUGCGGCCUCUUACAGAGACUUUGCUCUAAUAGGGGGGAUUCCAGCAGAAUGACACUGGAGCUUCAUGAUAUCCCUGGAGGUGAAGAUGCUUUUGAGCUGUGCGCUAAGUUUUGCUAUGGGAUCACUAUUGAUCUCAGUGCCCAUAACUUUGUGUCAGCAAUAUGCGCUGCUAAGUUCCUGCAGAUGACAGAAUCUAUUGAGAAAGGAAACUUUGUUUCAAAGCUUGAGAUGUUUUUCCAUUCAUGCAUCCUUGAAGGGUGGAAAGAUUCAAUUGUUACACUGCAAACAACUGGAAAGCUGCCUGAAUGGUCUGAAAAUCUUGGGAUUAUCAGAAAAUGCAUGGAUUCUAUUGUCGAGAAAAUACUCACUCCACCCACUAAGGUUAGAUGGUCAUACACUUACACGAGAGAUGGGUAUGCGAGAAAGAAGCAUCAUCACUCGGCACCUAAAGAUUGGUGGACAGAAGAUAUAGCAAAUCUUGAUAUAGACUUAUUCAGAUGCGUACUUAAUACGGUGAAGUUAACUAACAUGUUGCCACCACAACUUAUUGGUGAAUCUUUGCAUGUUUAUGCAUCACUUUGGCUUACAAGGAGUACACCCGACCCUGAAACCUCAAUAGAAUGUUCAAGCAAAAAAAGACUACUUGAGACUAUCAUUAGCAUGAUUCCAGAAGAUAGAGGAUCUGUUUCGGUUGGAUUUCUGUUGAAACUCCUUAAUUUAGCAAGUAUUUUAAAGGCAUCACCAGUGAUCAAGGCGCAACUUAUUAAGCAAUCCAGUUUGCAAUUAGAGGAUGCGACACCAAGCGAUCUGUUGUUACUUUCAUCCGGAUCUUCUGAUGAUAAUAAUAAUAAUCACAUCCAUGAUAUUGACUUGGUUAAAGCUGUUGUAGAGAGUUUUAUCAUGCGAUGGAGACGAAAAUCAUAUUCUAGACAAGAUUUGAUUAUAAAAGUUGGAGAACUUAUCGAUUCUUAUCUUCAAAUAGUUGCAAGGGAUGUGAAUAUGCCAGUACAGAAAGUACUGUCGCUUGCAAAAGCUUUACCUGAAUUUGCUCGCCCUGAGCAUGACAAUCUGUAUAAAGCAAUCGACAUCUAUCUACAGGAACAUCCUCAAACGAGCAAGGAAGAGAAGAAGCAGCUCUGUAGUAUUAUAGACUGUCAAAAACUGUCCCCAGGAGCUUGUGCUCACGUUGUGAAAAACGAAAGACUUCCAGUGAGAACGGUGAUGCAAGUCCUCUUCUUUGAGCAAGAGAGAAGUGGCAGCAAGGCAACAACAAGACAAGAUUUUCAACAUUCUGAUCAAACACAAUCCAAAACUCAACAAUAUGACAGACGAAAAACAAAUUCUGAGGAUCACUUGAAAAGUUUACAAUUAGGCUCCAGUGAUGCUAUAAGAAGUAAGACUCCUGAUAGCACAAGACAAAAAUCUGAACCAGAAUCGAAGCACAAGUCAAGGAGGACAAAGGUUGUGGGAAUGGGAUCCCAGAUAGUAGAGGAAGGAAGUAAACUGGAUUCCAGGAAGACAGGGAUACAAACAAGUAGAUCAGGUGAUGGUGAUAAUAAAGGCAGACAGAGGAUAUCCAUGCCAACGACAUGUCGUCGCUACAAGUCUGGCGGGAACAACCAAAUUAUUCGCGCUUUUCACCGGUUUUGCUUCACCAUCGUUCGUCUUCCACCACCUUCAGCCCUCCCUACCGACGACUCCACCCUCCUUCCAGCUUUUCUCCUUCACCGCCACAGCAAAAACCCAAUCAAAUAUCUCAAGGACGAUACAGUUUCUCAUCCACCACCUCACUCAUCUUCCUUCCCUCUCACGAUUGCCCUAAACUACACACACAAUUCAGCACAUGUGCAUAUCCUUCAUGAAUCUCGAUUGUACAAUUCAAUCUCUGCCAAAAUCCACAGCUGUAAAAGAGAUGUAGAGAAGCUUCAUAAUAUCUCAUUCCUAUUUGAAGGCCCCACUCAUUUUCUAUCACCUGCCCAUACCUCUUACUUCCAUAUCUUCUCCUAUAAACAGAGAAGAGAUUCAACAGCUAUUAGAAUUGUUUUCCCCAUCUCAAACCCAGUUCCUUGUACCUUCUCUUUCUCCAAUGGAAAACCAACUCAAAAGCUCCCUGAUCACCACCGAUUCCAGUUGAAGCAAACCCCUGACCAUAAACAGGCCUGUAGCCGCAGCUUACCAGUGAAAAAGAAGCAGCGACUACUUCCAUUUUCCCCUCCUGCCUUCAUUUGUUCGACUAUCAAACAGCUUCCGCACAUCUUUUCCUUGCUCCUCCAUCGACCUCAGGUAAAUUCCUUACCUUCUCUGAUCAAAAUUCGUCCAGCAACCACCGUGAACAUUAGGCACCUGCCAUGGUGGCCGGUGGCCUGA